AGAGAGUCCGACGGCGCCCGGAGCGCGGAUCUCGCCUUGUGGAGCACAGCGCGUCUGCUGCGGUUCUCUCCCGACCACUUCUGCCCGGCGCUUCGGCCCGGGCCGCUCAGGUGCAGAGACAGAAUCUCUGGAGUCAUACAACUCACUGUAACCUCAAACUCCUGGGCUCAAGGGAUCCUCCCACUUCAGCCUCCUGAGUAUCUGGGACUACAGGUAUGGAACCUAUAUUGCAUCUCAGGCCCUGACAUAAUAAUACUUCAGAUACACCUUAAGGACCUGUAGCAUGAAUAAUCUUUCAUUUAGUGAACUAUGUUGCCUCUUCUGCUGUCCACCUUGUCCAGGGAAAAUUGCUUCAAAAUUAGCAUUUUUGCCACCUGAUCCAACUUACACACUGAUGUGUGAUGAAAGCGGAAGCCGUUGGACUUUACAUCUAUCUGAACGAGCAGACUGGCAGUAUUCUUCUAGAGAAAAAGAUGCUAUUGAGUGUUUCAUGACUAGAACCAGUAAAGGCAACAGAAUUGCCUGUAUGUUUGUACGUUGCUCACCCAAUGCGAAAUACACUUUACUCUUCUCACAUGGAAAUGCUGUUGAUCUUGGUCAAAUGAGCAGCUUUUACAUAGGACUAGGAUCACGGAUUAAUUGUAAUAUAUUCUCAUAUGAUUAUUCUGGAUAUGGUGCAAGUUCCGGGAAACCCACAGAGAAGAACCUCUAUGCAGACAUUGAAGCUGCUUGGCUUGCUCUUAGGACAAGAUACGGCAUUCGCCCUGAAAAUGUGAUUAUAUAUGGCCAAAGUAUAGGGACAGUACCGUCUGUGGAUCUUGCUGCUCGAUAUGAGAGUGCUGCUGUUAUUCUUCAUUCUCCUCUGACCUCAGGAAUGCGAGUUGCCUUUCCUGACACCAAGAAGACCUACUGUUUUGAUGCAUUCCCAAACAUUGACAAAAUCUCUAAGAUAACCUCUCCAGUAUUAAUAAUUCAUGGGACUGAAGAUGAAGUCAUUGACUUUUCACAUGGCCUCGCGUUGUUUGAACGUUGCCAAAGACCUGUGGAGCCUCUCUGGGUUGAAGGAGCAGGUCACAAUGAUGUGGAACUGUAUGGACAGUAUCUUGAAAGGUUGAAACAGUUUGUGUCACAGGAACUGGUGCAGAAACAUAAAGAAGGGAAGUGAUUUUCUCAAGGUCUACAAUUGUCAACGACGGUACUAUGUAUUCCAUUAUCUUCUCUUUACCAAACUUAUCUGGAUUAAUAUACCAAUGAGCCUUUCAAAUUAUGUGGCGUAAACUUAUUUGCUCUCCAAUGUUAGUCACAAUUUUUUUUAAUGGGUAGAGUCCUCCUUGUCAACUAGUUAUUCAUUGAAUAGUAAAUUGGUAGAUUGUGCCAAUUAAUUCUCAUGUUAAUGAUUAUUUAAAGAAUUUAAUACUAAUUCAUUUUACUAGGCAUAGUUACAGUUAUUUAGUUAUGUUGGAACCUAGUGAGGAUGGUAGCCACAGACACAUGAAUAAACAAGUAUUUACUUCAGGAGCUGAUUUACUACAAAUUGUAACACACAGAGUAAGCAACUACAUUGAAGAAAGUAUCAAUAUAGUUAUUACGAAUUAACUUUUAUCUUGUUGCUUUGUUUUAAAAUAGGCUAUUUAUUCAAACAUGAUAGCAUGACGCAUUCCAAUAAUGUGCACCCCAAACGUCCAGUAACCAAAGAAAACAGUUUAUGCUUACGAUACUUGGAACUAGGCUUUCAGUUUUAACUUGCAGAAUGGAAAAGACAUUUGUCUAUCGUAUCUCUAAAUGGGUUAUGCCUCUGACUGAAUAGUUGAAUGAGUAAUGCUAAGGAAGGAAACACACCUCUGCUGGAAAUGACCCACUUGACAUUAGAGUUGUGUGUUUUUCUUUCUUUCUUUUUUCUAGGGAAAGUACAAAGGUCUUUGCAAAUGUCAGUGAACUGAAAGUUGUUAAACUGGCUUUUUCAUAUGAAGCCAGAUGGACAUGAAACUAUUUUACUCCCUCUAUUUCCUUGUGUAGGCCAUGUACUAAAUUUGCAUAGUAUGACACUUUUAGAAAAAAGUUUUAAUAGUGUGUUUUUAAAAAUGACAUUGUUGUAUUAGAAAAAUGGGGAAAUGCUAUUUUUAGAUAAUUUUUGUUUAUCUCCUAAUAAAAUGCAAGUUUCAGCCACUGUACUACUUGAUUAAUUCAAAAUUUGGACUUCUUUUUCCUCUAAAACAACUACUUAAGGCAGUGUAUUGAAUUAAAGUAGAUUCAGUCUUCUAGUUUUUUUUUGUUUUGUUUUUUGUUUUUGUUUUGUUUUUUUUUGAGACGGAGUCUCGCUCUGUUGCCCCAGGCUGGAG